CUCCGAGAUGUCUUCACCGUUUUCCUUUUCUGUCGUCCUACAUUUAAAGGAAAGCUGGUAAGGAAGGUCAGCGGCCCAUUGCAGCCUAGAAAGUUCAAGUUCCAUCUCCCAGUUCCACCUUCCAUACUUGCAGAUAUAUACUGUACAUAGCCGGCCAACCCUCAAGAUCAAGAUCGAAUCCGUUUUUGCUGUUUAUUGUUACAGGCUUUCGUAUGAUGGCUGCCGUCGCGCCGUUUCGAGACGAACUCUCACAUUCCGGAUUCGCCGGUCAUCGUCGUCAAUCUUAUCACGCCCAACAAACAGAAACCUCCGUCACACACAUCAAAAACCUAAUCCGCCUUCGUAGCAACGACGACUCCAUCAUCGACCAGCAAACCAGCGCAUCGUUGGAAAUUUGCACCUUUGAUAACCUGGCUUUUUCGCAAUCAACGACCGAGAAUCUCCGAGAUCUUAUCGACAACUACGUCGGACUUCAGCAAUCUCUUGGUCUUAUAAUGACGUCCGAUCAGGAAAACAGUUUUUUGCGCCCCAAGCGAUCAGGCGAUGAAAUGAACGAACAGAGAGGGCUGCAUGAAAGCUACGCGUCACGCCAAGAUACGUCCACUUGUUCUUACGAGACCGCCGUGGUCGUCGAACGCGCCGCACCCAUGGCAAAAAGGCGCCGUAUCUCCGGCGUUGCUCCACAGUCCUUGGCAGCGGUUAUCAGUCCGCAACAGACCCCCGCGAACAUCCCUUCGUCACCUUCGGUAAACGAGAAUGUACCGUUUGCUUUGGGAACCCCGCCAAAUACGCCAUUAUUCGUAGGCGAUCAGAUUUUGACCGAUAUCAAGAAGCUGUCCGGCACACGCUCUCAGUCUCCCAGACGUACUACUGGACGGUCUCCGAAGAAGAACCGUUGGAACCCUCUGGAGUUGAGGUUGCUUCCGAACGGCCGUCAGUGUCCAACAGCUGCUACCGAGCAGUUCUCUAUGACGAAUCGUUCGAAUCCUCUACAGUUGAGAUUGCUUCCGAACGGGAGAGAGGUCGCACUUCAAACCACCGAGGAUUGCUCUCCCUCUUGUUCACCAGUAAAAAUAGUCAAAUCAGAAUCAACUGAGGGCUCCAAUCAAGACUCCCUCCGAAAGUAUUAUGAGGGGUCCAAUCUCUCGAUGCCUAUUUCGAGUACCCCGACCGAUGUCUUCGUUGAUGGGGGACGAAGAUUCAGCUCCAAUACUACCCCAGCCGAAUGGAGCGGGUCCGGCACAAAGCCCUCGUGCCUAGCAGCUUGUCAAAACCCGCUUCUGCACGAAUGUAACCAAACGAGGAUGCUCGCAUAUCCGCAAUGCACACGGAUUGGGUCAGGCAGACUGUCCACCGAUGCAAGUUGUACGCCACACUGCACCGAAGGUGGGCCCCGGCAACGAAAGACCGUGGCGGCUCUGGGAUCAGUGUCCCCUGGCUCGUACGACAAUUCAAGCCGAGCGCAAGUGGACUGUACGUUAUUUGUUUCCACGGCCGCUCGGGUGUGCAGCAAUGGGGAGAAUACGCGCCAAUCCUUGCCAUUGGGAGUGGAGGAAGUCAUUUCUUUACACGGCGUGAAUCCAUCUGCUCCUAUCUCCGGUGGUAGUUCGCUCAUCGGGGGUUGGGCGGAAUCCGAAUCAAGGACACGGCAUCAGUUUGACGGAACUCUAGUUGAGGCGCCUGGUGGCCUUUUUGACACCUGGGCCAGCUCAGAUUUGGCCAAGAAGGAAGAAGGCUCUGACAUCGACGCUGCUUUUGACUGGGAGUCGGAUGAUUCGAAACGAUCGAAUGAAGAAAUUCGGUAUCAACCGCAUCCAAGAGGAGCACCCCCCAGAUGCACGAACACUAGGCGGUCAAACGAGAAUGUUCCAUCCAUACCCGCUUCCUCGGGUGCUGUCCCCCAAGUGAAGUAUCACAAAUCGGAGCAAGGCUUCCAUUGCCCCUUUGAAGGGUGCAACAUGAUAACGGAUCGAAAAUUCAACUGCCAUACGCACUUCCUCACUCAUUAUGGGGUGCGUCCAUUCUCUUGCGACAAGUGCGAUGGAAAGGUGAGCCUUUCGGAACCGUAUUAUUUUGGGACCAUCAUUAAUCAUUUCUAACUUAUACUAUUCGAUUAUCCCCAUUCUGAUCUAGUAUACCCGCCAGGCGGAUCUUAACCGUCACCGCAAAAGCCACGAAAAGAAAGAAGGGAGGAAGCGAAUUGUGAGAAAAUCCUUCAAAAGAUGCGAGGAUUGAAUCGGUCUGCUUGAGCUCGUUCCCCAAAGAGAAC